AUGCAAAAUCACCUCACCCUAACAAAGGGGAAAACGAAAGAUGAAAAAGCUUUAACUUCUGCUUCCUCCCAUGGAUCCAAUAGCAGAACAGAGUUGACCAAGGAGUCUCAUGAUCACAUUCCUUUGGAUAUUCCUGUCACUAGAGAGCAGAUGAAUCACUAUCGAGCUGCAGCUGAAACCGCUCGAAGUGAACUUGCAGCACUUUCAGUGAAGUAUGAUUGUGCCCAGUCAGAGCUUCUUGAACUCAGGUCCCGAAUGGUCUCUAAAGAAGAGUCUUUUCGAGAGCUGAAGGCUGAAGUGGAAACCUACAAGGAAAACAAUGCUAGACAGAAUUCUCGCCUCCUGUCUUUGCAAACCCGAGUUCAGGAGAUGGAGGAAGAGGUGUAUGUGCUUGCUGCAUCUAAAAGCCAGGCUGAGCUGACAGCUGAGGCGGCAUUCAAGGAAAGCUGGGAGCUGAAGGAGGAGCUUCAUGAAAAAAAUGCCAAACUUAAUAAAUAUUUGAAUGAAUGUGAAGAAAGCAUGACUCGAGCUUCUAAAAUCAGCAGAAAGUAUGAAGAGCUCCUUACAGAGCUUUCUGGAUUCUUGGACACAGACAUCAGAGAAAAAGAGAAACCACAGGAAUAUUUAAUGUCAAAGGUCUCUGAAAUAUGUAAAGAAAAUCGAACACUAAAAGACCAGAUUACUGCUCUUCAAGAAGCUGUCCAUGUCCAUGAGAUGGAGGCCAAAGCUAGUAGAGAAACUAUCAUGAGACUUGUUUCAGAAGUGACCAAAGAGCAGAAAAAAGCAGCAGGUUACUAUCAAGACAUGGAAAAACUUAGUAAGGAUCUUGACAGCGCUAUAAUAGAGAGACAGAGUUUGGAGAUGGAGAUCACAAACCUCCAAGAUAAACUGACUGCUAACCAGAAAGCUUUGGAUGCCUCAGAGUGGAAACUGCACAAUCUGAAGAAAUCUUCCAGCAAGCUGGAUGCAAACUUGAAGAGCAGCAGAGAGGAGGCCAGGACUGCUCAGAGCUCUUUACUGACUUUUAAAGAGCAAAUCGCAACUCUGCUCAGCAGUGGAUCUGCAAUAGUUAAACCUUCUGAGAAGGCUGUUUUGGAGAGGAUCAAAGAAAUAAAUUGCAAAGAGGAGAGUAAAGACAUAAUGGUGUCUCAGCUUGAAACCCAAAUAGCUAAAUUGACUGAAGCUUUGGAAAAUCAGACCAGAUUAUACCAAGAAGCUCUGGAGAGGAGCAGGAAAGCAGAAAAUUGUUCUGAGACUUUCCAGGAUCAACUGAAACAUUUGGAAGAGGAAUUACUCUCUGUAGAUCUGAUGCAAGAUGGUUUGAAGCUUGAGAAAGAAAAAUAUCUGAAAUUUCUGGAGCAACUUAAUGAGAAGAUGAAGCUGGAUAGCCUAGCAGCAGAUGUUGGAUUUGAUAUGAAUAUGGAUGUGAUUCUAGCUCGUGUAGAGCAGUUAGUGAAACUGGAAGGUGAUGCUGUGAUGGAAAACAAGACUAUGGCAUAUAGCCUAAGAAGGAAGUUGAAGAAUCAGAAAGAAAAACUUGAAAGCAAAGAGCUGCACAUGAACCUUCUGCGGCAGAAAAUAACCCAGCUGGAAGAAGAGAAGCAAGUAAGGACGGCCUUAGCUAUGGAGAGGGAUGCGGCCAAUGUCGCUGCCAGAAAGUUACACAAGAUGACAGAGAGGUUACAGAAGCAGCUUGAUCUGGCAAGGGAAACGAAUACUGAUCUCAAAGCCAAGCUGUCUGAAACCAAUGAACUUAAGAUCAAAACUUUGGAGCAGAACAGAACAAUAGAAGAACUCAGUAAGUCUCAAGGCAAAUUGGAAAGAAUGAAAGAAAAGGCUGAGACACAACUUACCUCUGUCAAAUCAGAACUACUUUUAAAGGAGCGUAAAGCUGCUGAAGAUAAAGAAAAAACCAAAAAUAUGUUAGAAGCAGUUACCAGUGAGAUGAAGGUGCUUAAAACAACCCUUGCAGAAUUAGCAAAAAGAGAGAGACAGCUGGCAGACUUCCGAGAGGUGGUUUCACGGAUGCUGGGCCUCAACAUUGCCAGCCUGGCUCUUCCCGACUAUGAAAUCAUUACACGUCUUGAAGGGUUGAUUCACUUUCAUCAGCACCACUGCUUCCCCUGUGUCUGCCUCAACGAUGUGGCAAGGGCACCAGAGGAACACUCGCAAAGAAACAUACAGUUUCUUCACUGAAACACACGUUUUGUAAGGAGACAGAACAAAGUAAAAUUUCCUUUUGUGCUUCCCUACCUGCUAGACAUGCAUAGAAAACAGAUACUUGUUUCUGUUCCCUCCUCUACAGAUACUGGCUUGGGCUGAUUUUUUAGUGUUUCAGCAGGGAGACUGA